AUGACCUCCGACAACACGAAUCCAAACAACAACAUGAUAAAAUCCGAUCUUCAGAAAAUAAAAGAUGUAUUAUCGGAAAUAGAAAAAACAGCAAAUGAUAAUCAUUCAAUAAUAGAUCGAGAGCCACUCUUUCAACAAUUGGUCAUCUUGUUAAAGAAAAAUUCACAAAUCAUUUUACAAUUCGUUUCGGAAAAGUUGAGCUUGUUUUUAAAAUUGCUCGAACAUCAAAUUCAAUUUGGAGAAUUCUCACCUUCUGCUUACACAAGUUAUGGAUAUUUGGCACAUCAUGAAACGAUAUCAAAAUUAUUCACCUCAUCGAACAUUCAACAAUUCUUUCAAAUCAUGUUUUCACAAACCAAAGUCUCAAAAAAGUCACUCUCACUGGCCGUGUGGUGUCUCGGAGUUCAACGAUUUGUGACCUCAAACCAUUCAAAUCAUCCUUUGAAUACUUCAAAUGGUACAGCAUUGAAUAUUUCACAAGUAGCGACAUCAAAUCCAAUUGAACCUUUUGCUUCAGAAAUUUUCAAGUCUAUCAGUUAUGGAAUUAAUAAUCCAUAUCAGUCACACACGACCACAACAGAAGCACUCAACACACUGCUUGUGAUAUUGAAUCAACUUCAGGAAGUGAGUGCUAAACAUGCCAAUGUGUGGCUGGUUGACGUAAUUGAAAGCCUAAUUUCACCUCACAAAAAUAUUUGUAUUGCUGCCGAAAAAGUUAUUGAUCUCUUCGUAUUCAAACAAAUGCUUCCUUUCCACAACAAUAAGAAAUAUCAAUUUUCUGAAGACAUGUUGAAAAGUGUUUCACAAACCUUAAUGGAACAUCAUGAAAAGAAUUAUUCAGCUCUAAAACACAAUUUAAAUAUUCCAAUUUACGAUUCAUCGAUCACGUUUCCACAACAAGCGUCAUCUUCAACAGCUUCAACAGUUGGAUCUUCUCAUUCGUGGCAUCACUUUUUACCCGAAUUUUCCAAUAGGCAAAGUAUUAUUGCAAUGAAAGCAUGGGGAUUAAUUGUUUACUUUAUCGGAAAGAAUCUUGCCAAAGACAAUAUUUGCACUCAAUACCAUGACCUCUUAAAGUCCAAACUUUCUAUUACACGCAAUAUUGAUAAUGAACCCUCAUCACAAUCUUCCUCAGCCAGUAAUACUUCAUUUACCCAAAGUAGCAACCAAUCUUCAUCACAGAGACAUAAAUUGAAUGAAGCAAUUAUUGGAGGUAUAUUAUUUUGUGAGUGUGUGGAUUAUGCUUGGUCUAUGCUCAUUCAAACUUUUCAAUCUCACAAACCACUCUAUUUUCACACUUCGAAAGGAAGACUUUCUUUACUGAUGAAACCUCUAAUUGCAGGUAUGAAAGUUCUUGCAAAUAGUCCAACCAGUACGUUAGGUCUGGUGGAUAAGCGAAUCCAUGAAACAUGUUAUCGUAGAAUUAUUUUCCAAAUUUUGCCAGAAGCAGCAAAGAAUACCACACUACUGUUUGAGCUCGUAUUGAAACCUUUUUAUGAUGCAGUCUCAUCAAAAGAAUUAACUGAUCAUGCUUUAAGAGAACAAUUAAUUUUGUUUUUGAGUCAAUGGUGGUAUAAUGAUCAACGAGAGACAGUCAAAAGGAAAAAGAAACGAAAAGAUUCACUAUUAGAUGACGAUAGCGAUGACGAAUAUGGGGAGAAACGAGGGAAUAAGCUGAUGAAUCCUAAUACAGCCUUGAAUGACAUUUCAUUCCUUGUGAAGAAACAAUAUUCGAGUUGGUUUGAAGCUCCUUGUCUAAAACAAGAAGCCAUAUUAAUGUGCUCUCAGCCCUCUUCAUCAUCAGUGAACAAAACCAAUACUUCAACUCAAUCCUUCAAUGAAGAUAACCCAAUACUUGUCCCACUUCAAAAGUUGGAAUUUAUUUCCACAAAUUUCAAGUGGAUUUUUGAAAGCUUUUUAGAAAAAUUAUUCAAACGAUUUUUAGUGUCAUUCAAACUAAAUACAACAGAAAAUGAAGAGGUAGCUAGUCGAUUUGGAAAGGUACUGAAUUGCUAUUUUCGGUCGUUGUGUCAGGUGGUGAUGUCAUUCAUUCGAUUUUCUCCAAAAAACUUGAAUGAAGAAGAAAAAGAAAAGUAUGACUCACUUGUACGUCAAUUAAUUGCUCGAUUGGCCACGUUUUGUUUAGAAAACGUUGUACAAAGUUUUCAACCCUUCUCAGAAAUUGAUUCAAUUGGAAAGAUACUUCAAAAUUGGGCACAACAAAUGACUCUCCUUUUUUUGAAAAGCUUCUUUGAGUGCAUUCCGUUGAGUACCUUAAUUUGUGGACAUAUCGAAAACAACAUAAUCUUAAUUACUUUGGACUUGAAGGAUCUUUUCACCAAAGUGUUUAAAACUACAAGUGUAGAUGUACACGAGAAGAAGUCGCCACUGUUCGCACUUCUUCAUGGAUUAUUUGAAAUUUCCUUAAGAGGAAUUAAGGGAAAUUCAGCCAAUAUUUCAAAAGCGACCGAUAUCAUGUUCGAAAUACUCUCUUCAUUAGCAGAUCGACUGUUUUCUGAUUCGAUGGAAAUGCCUGACUUGUAUUAUGAUAAUACGAGAACAUAUUUGGAAUUAAUCUUCUCAGAGUUGUUGUUCAUUCAACAAAAGGUUUUUGGCACAAUUUCACAUGGAACCAUUGAGAUGGUCUCACUCACCAAAGUCAUCGAAUGCCAAAUGUUGGCAUGGCAAAAAUUUUGUACUCUAUUUAGAGAUUCUAUGCGAAUUAUUGAUACAUGUUUCUCUUUGAUGACUGUUUCUACAGAAGAUGAUGAUCAUCAAUCACGUUUUGCCCAUACUUCUUCUGAAGUCAUUCAAAAAAGAAGAUCUCAAUCUCAAUAUCUGAAAAGCUAUCUCUCAAAACAUGUUUCUGAGACACAACGAAGUACAUCCGACUCAAGCUUAACAAUCAAAUCCGUGAAGCCAGAGUUUGUUCCAUGUUUGAUGAAGUUACUACUAUUUCCAUUUGAUUUAUUAGGUUGCAAAUUGGAAAUGCAAGUACCUAACGAACAAUCCUUACAAAAUGAUAUGAAAGAGAAUAUGAAUUCACAUUUCACAAUGAUGAAUGAGAUUUUUUCGAAUGAUGGUACUCUACUUCACACCCUCAAAGAUAUUAUUUUAAUGUAUGGAAGUAUUCAUGCGUCAAGCAAUUUACCUCCAUUCAAUUACAUUAGCAAACAUUUAAAAACAACACUUACUCACUCUCAUUUGCAACAUAUUUGCGAAGAUUUAUCUGAUAAGAUUCAAUAUCAAUACGUUUGCAUUUUGAGCAAUUUAAAUGUUGACAGUGCAACCAUGAACGAUGGAGCGAUAUACUCUUCAUUUACCUUGAUGAGAAACUGGUUUGUAUAUGGAACCAAACUGCUUUCAUUGAUAUGUACAUUGUGUCAUGAAUCUCAACGAUUUAAAGGUUCUAUCUUAACAUCACCUUCAGGAAAAACGGCAGUUCAUACUUUACAAAAUUUACUGAAACAUUUUGUUUGGAUGAUAUUUGAUUAUAGAAGACAACAACAAUAUGCUCCUCAAACAGAAUCACUCUUUUCAAAUGUUGUGCAAAUAAUGACAGAGUUGAAGAAAUUACUUUCACUUUCGAGAAGUGUACAACAUGCUGUUCAAUUUGCAAUUGAAUACUCUGAAGAAAUUCUUUUCGAUAAGGACUUUACAAAUUUAUUUGAAUUUAAGGGAGCAAUGAAAUUCAAAUCAAUGCCCUAUUCAACCGACGAAAUGUUACAAUUUGCAUCUCUUUGUGAAAACAUUUGGGAAUGUGUAUUUUCUCAAUUGUCCAAAUGGGUUACUCAGGAUGGUGUCAUAUUUGAUCAAAUAUUAUUGAAUCAAAUGGAAAACGUCUUUGUUUUGGGAAUGAAUGGACAACGUAAUGCCAAAUUGAGAAAGGUAACCAUUCAAUUUUGGAGAAACACUUUCGCAAAGAGUUCCAGUACUUUGACAUUGUCUCAAAAAUUGCAAGAAACUUUUUUGAAUUUGCUACUACUGAAGGAGAUCACUACGGAAGAAUUGAUGUUUCCUGUUCCUCAAAAUACUACCAUGCCUCUGAUUGGAGAUACAUCAAAAACUUUUGAAGAAAAACAAAAUAAUGAAAUCAAUGUUGGAGGUGCAGAGUUAAAGAAGAGAAAACGAUCUGUCGAUGAUGGAAUGAAUAACAGUAGUCACGUGUCAUCAUCGACCAUUCAACAAAACCAAACAGCAUUUGAAAGCAAAGACGAGUCACAGAAAAUCAAAAAAGUGAAACUCACCAAAUCACAAAAAGAAAAGUUUAGAGAACGGAAAGAAACACGUCUUGUAGUUCCAGAGAUGAAUCCAAGCUUGUUGUCUUCAUCAAUGCUCUCAACAAGUGACAUGAGCGAUGAUGAUGACGAUUUUGAAGUACAUCCUCCUUCCAAUAUUUCCAUCAAUAAGGCAGAACAAUCCACAAAUCUUGUCAAUAUUAGUGACAUUGUUGCUGAUCAUCCAAAAAACAACAUUUCCAAUUUAGAUGACAGUUCAUUAUUGGAUAUCAAGAGAGACAUUGUUCGGAUGACGCCUGUCAAAUCAAGCAACAAAAAUUCUGUUAUCAAUUUGGUCACCCCAGAUAAUUUAGAAAGACCAUGUACAACACCUGCAUUGCAAUUGUCACCAAUUCAUCUUGAAGAUGAAGAAAAGAAAAAUAACAUUUCAUCUGUGGAGGAUUUAUUCGCAAAAUUGGAGUCUGGCUGUACCCCCCAAACCAACAAGAUGAAAGCAUCUCACGAAUCACUUUCAAUUUCUUUUACAGUUGUGUCAGAACCAAUUGUUCACAAUCAGGUAUCAAAUGAUGCACAUCAUCAACAGGCCACCAAAUCUAAUCGUCAUGAAUCACCAUCAUCUCCGACUGGAAACCACCAUGAUGACGAUAAUACUCAAAUUACGCCGAUCCUUAAAAAGAGUCCAUUAUCACAUACAGAACAGAAUCAUGAAGCAACUGGAGGAAUUGUGAAAAAUGUGGCUCAAAUGAAGAAACAUGUUCGAUUUGAAUCAUUUCAAAAUGAAUUGACAGAAACUCAUUCUCCACCUCCUCCAACUGAAAAUGUCGCAAGUAGCUCUUCAUCUUUUUUAAAACAGUUGGAAUUAUUGCAUGACAUGCUUUCAUCGUCCUCGAAUGGAUUGAACUGUGACGAAAGAAAGUUAGCCAUUCAAAAAGUAUAUUCCCUUUUAGGUUGUUUGUUACAUGAAGAUGAAUGA